ACUUACGUUGAGGACAUACAGCAUCGGCGUUGGAGAAGAAGAUCCAGAGCAGCCGCAGAGAUGGCAGACUGGGGGCCGGUGUUCAUGGCGGUGAUACUGUUCAUCCUUCUCUCCCCGGGCCUCUUGUUCCAGGUCCCCGGCAGGAGCCGCUUCAUCGAGUUCGGCAACUUCCAGACCAGCGGCAUCUCCAUACUCGUCCACUCCAUCAUCUACUUCGGCCUCCUCGCCAUCUUCCUCCUCGCCGUCCACGUCCACAUGUACAUCGGCUACUAGCUAGUCUAAUUCCCCUUGA